AUGGAGCUCCCAGGAGCAAGAAAGAUGCAGCUACAGCUUUGUAUUACUUAUCUAUACUUGAUGAACAAGUAUCGUAUUGUGCAGGCAGGUGCAGUGAAGUACCUCAUAGAGUUGAUGCGCCCUGAUGUUGGGAUGGUUGAUGAAGCGUUCAGAAUUUGUCGAGAAGGAGGGGUCCCUAUUCUGGUUGAGAUUCUCGAGUUGGGAUCUUCAAGAGCUAAAGAGGAUGCAGCUGUUGCUCUCCUGCAAUUAUGCACUGACAACAUGCAGUGCUGCAAUAUGGUUCUCCGGCUUGGAGCUGUCUCUCCUUUAACAGCGUUGUCCAACUGCAGUACUCCCAGAGCACGACAAUUGGCACAAAGACUUCUUAACUACUUAAGAGAAAAGCCUCUUUUAGGUUCACAUCCACAAUUGAGACAAGAAGGAAAUCCUUUAAGUUAUGUGAGGUUUCAAAGCUUUUCAAAAUCUUUAAGCAAUCCAAUGUUGAAAAGUUUUACGGCAACUCUUUUUCCAGUUGGCCCAGUUUUCACGAGCAGAGGAACAUUUGAGCAAGGUCUGGGACCAACUGUAAUGGUAAAGGUUCUUGACCUUCUAAAAAAUGGUGCUUCAAUGAGCUUUCAUUCAGAAUGUGAAAUAUUAAGGAACAUACGUCACAGAAAUCUUGUUGUUGAGUAA